AUGGUUGAUGUGGUCGUGGUGGACAGUGGUCAUGGUGGAAGGUCCAUGGUGGAUGACCAAGGUGGAUGUGGUCAAGGUGGACAGUGGUCAUGGUGGAAGGUCCAUGGUGGAUGGCUAAGGUUGAUGUGGUCAAGGUUGAUGUGGUCAUGGUGGACAGUGGUCAUGGUGGAAGGUCCAUGGUGGAUGUGGUCAAGGUGGACAGUGGUCAUGGUGGAAGGUCCAUGGUGGAUGGCCAAGGUUGAUGUGGUCAAGGUUGAUGUGGUCAUGGUGGACAGUGGUCAUGGUGGAAGGUCCAUGGUGGAUGUGGUCAAGGUGGACAGUGGUCAUGGUGGAAGGUCCAUGGUGGAUGACCAAGGUUGA